AUUCGAUUCAGUCUAUACUCGGUAUAGAACCCAAUUUACGACUGCCAGCAAUUCAGAAGAAACGUUGUCAGUGAGUACUAGCUGCCAACAAAUACAGGACCCAUCAAAGCAACACAGUCAAUAAGACAAGACAAGGGUUUAAGGCCGCUAUGAACGUUCCACCACCACCACCACCACCACUAACAGGAGCAAACGCCCCCUUGGCCGCCCCGAAACCACAUCGUGUGGAUCAAGAUGUAUGUCCAGCGCACCCAUUAUCGUUCUUUUCCAUGUACGAGUAACAGGGUGCCACAGAAGCACCCUGAUCGCACCUUUUCAAUUCAUCGCGAACGGAUUACACUCGCUCUCCAGUAUCUUUUUCUUCGUUCUCAACUUAUUCUUCACUGCGAUCCUCGGUUUCUGACUGCUUUACAGAUGGCUCGUAAUCUUGAAAACUUGGGAGGUUACGCGAAUACUCCACCACCCCUGCCGAAUCCACCACAAUUGCAGGUUAAUUACACUCCAGGAUUCCAUUCGCCACCUCCAAAUUCGUACAAUGCUGGCUAUCAGUCACGACCGCCGCCACCACCACAAGGUCCAAAUUCGUACAAUACUUAUCAGUCACCACCACCACCACCACCACAAGGUCCAAAUCCAUACGGUCCAGGACCAGGAGCAUGGUCUCCGUGGGGUGGUUUGCAAGCACCAGGGCCACAAGGAUCACUUCCGCCAGGAGCGAUGCCGCCGAGGAGUUAUUCAGCUAGUCCUCAGCCAGGCUACCACUCAGGCCCACCACAACCACCACCCCUCAACCAUACCUCAUCUGCACCAGCUCUGCACCAAGAUGCUUAUAACUCUGCGCCAAGUUUAGCUCAAUCCAUGUCUUCUUUGUCCUUGGGUAAUAUAGGCUCAAACUCUCCACCUCCAGGCGCUUCCACUUCGCUGACCGCAGACCUCCCUUUGAUACCCACACUUCUCUCUAUCCUACCAACCAUCCGAUCUGCACCCCCCACCACCCAAAUCCAAUGGUGUCGUGACGUCUUGUUGUUGGUCGACAAAGCAGCUGCAACGUCUGCCGCUCUCGCCUCCACUUAUCCAAACAGCGCCAGUAGCAGCUCAACGGACCCUCCAAGCGGGCCAGUAGUCCUUGACGAUCAGCAGCUGGCACAAUUGGCACAGAUUGCUGUGCCCCUUGCACUUCAAAUAGCCGGACAAGCACCCACAAGUGGGAGCAUGAAUGGAAUCCAAGCCUAUGUCGCAGAGGCACUUUAUCAUCGCGCCUGUCUGACUGCCAGUGGCGCGUUUCCUGAACAUGUCAAACAGAAUCCACGACAGGCAUUUCGGGACUUUGAGGGUGCUGCGAGAGGUGGCUAUGCACGUGCCUGGUUCCGUAUUGGCAGAGACUAUGAGGCGUUUGGGGACGUUGUACACGCUAAAGAGUGCUUUGAGCGAGGCGCCAAGAAUGGAGUUGCAGCCUGUAUGUAUCGACUCGGGAUGGCGCAUCUUCUGGGCCAACUCAACCUCCCUGUUUCACCUGAGAUUGCGCUUCCUCUCCUCAAACGUGCGGCUGUGGCCAGCCACCUGGAUUCUCCUCAACCAGGCUAUGUCUAUGCUUUAUUGUUGUUGGGCGAAUUCACCCAGUACACCGUACCUCCACAUCUAUGGAACCAGCUACAGUUAUUACCGCCACACUUAGCACAUCUACCUGGAAAUCAAGGAGUUCAAGGAGAAGCCAAGACUCACCUAGAGAGGAGCGCCCAUCUACACUUUGCACCUGCACAAUAUAAGCUCGGGCACGCUUAUGAAUUUGCAGUACCACCUUGGGAGUUUGAUGCUCUACUGUCCGUCGAGUGGUAUUCCCGAGCGUCCCAACAAGGUGAAGUCGAAGCAGAUAUGGCUCUGUCAAAGUGGUUCUUGUGUGGUAGUGGAGACGUGGCAGGACCGAAUGGUUUCGAUAAAGACGAGAGUCUUGCUCGAGUUUUCGCAGAGAAAGCGGCUCGUCGCGGACUUCCGUCGGCCGAGUUUGGUCUGGCGUAUUAUUUUGAGGUUGGGGUGGGAGGCGAGAAGAACUUGAACGAGAGUAUUGCAUGGUACGCAAAGGCAGCAAGUCAUGGGAAUACUGACGCUGCUGAUCGACUAGCAGCACUUCAACAACCAUCGCCCCAAUCACUAUCUCGCGCAGAACAUGAUAAUAUCACAGAAAACAAGUUGGUAAGGACCAGGACGCAGGCUAAGCUAAGGAGUGAGGCGCAAAAAGUUAGAGAUGGAUAUCUGGAGAAGCAGGAACCACCACAAAUGUACCAAGCUAGUAGUUACGGCGGCCCACCACCGGGGCAUCCUGGACCGCAGCAGCCGUACCGACGUGACUCAAAACAAGUCGUAGAGCUGAUACGGAAAAAUACGCUUGGAUCGUCUGGCUCAUCCGAUGCGCCAGGUGGACCAGGAAGACACCACGGGAGAUACACGACUGAGCCGAAACCUGGAGGACCACCUCACCCAACACCUCAAGGCUCAUUACCGCCCCAGGGAUACGGAAAUCCUGGCCCUCAGCUAGGUCUUCCAAAGCAAUACCCGAACGCAAACCGGUAUACUCUCGUAGAUCAUGGAUCUGGUUCCCCCAAGCCCAGUACUUCACCACAUGGCUCUCCAGGUCUGGGACACCCUGGAAGAGUACCUUCCGCAGGUCCACCUGGGUCAAGCCAUGGGCCUGGUAACCGACCGGGGAGUUCUGGCGGCCCAGCGGGAGGCACUCCAAAACCCAGACCAUCAGGACCUCAGACGUUCGCGGAGAUGGGUAUCCAGAGUGGAAAGGCAGAUGAAAAGGACUGUGUCGUUAUGUAAAAAAUUACGUUGUGCCAAUGGACACUCGAGGAAGACAAAUUUAUGAGGAAUGGAGUGAUUGAUACCAUGUUGCGGACUGCUCACCAGCUCUUUAGUUCUCUAGAAAGGCAAACUUUUAUACGAUACCACCCAUACUUUCCGUUUUCUCCUUAACAUUAUGAUGCUAUACAUACUGCAU